GUGCCGGUGUCCGCGGCCGUGGCCGCCCCCCCGGACGGGGCCAUGUCCAACGGCGUGUACGUGCCGCCCGCGGCCAACGGAGACGUGAAGCCCGUGGUGUCCACCACGCCGCUCGUGGACUUCCUCAUGCAGCUGGAGGACUACACGCCCACGAUCCCGGAUGCCGUCACAGGGUAUUACCUGAACCGGGCAGGGUUUGAGGCCUCGGACCCCCGCAUAAUCCGCCUGAUCUCGCUGGCGGCACAGAAGUUCAUCUCAGACAUUGCCAACGAUGCGCUACAGCACUGCAAAAUGAAGGGCACGGCCUCGGGCAGCUCCCGCAGCAAGAGCAAGGACAAGAAGUACACGCUGACCAUGGAGGACCUGACACCAGCGCUGGCGGAGUACGGCAUCAAUGUGAAGAAGCCGCAUUACUUCACGUAGAGCACAGGGCAGUUUGGGUAGUUUGUAGGGGCCGUUUCGGUGCCAUUAAACACCUAGUAGGGUUUUGUGGGAA